AUGUUCUCACGAAGUGUACUACAGGCGGCUACCCGUGCUGGCCCUGCCACAGCUCGAGCUGUACCCCAGGUGCUUGCCAAAGCUCCGUCCGGUCGGCGAUACGUUUCUGUCUAUGGCUACACACAGGCAAAGGCGCUCAUUUACUCCAAAUAUGGCGAGCCCAAGGAUGUUCUGCGCCUCCACAAGCACUCGAUCUCCGCUCCACACGCGACCCAAGUGAAUCUGCGCCUGUUGACUGCGCCGAUGAACCCGGCCGACGUGAACCAGAUUCAAGGUGUUUACCCCAGCAAACCCCCUUUCCAGACCGCGCUUGGAAACACCGAGCCCGCCGCCGUCGGCGGUAACGAGGGUGCAUUCGAGGUGCUGUCAACCGGUGCGGGCGUUAAGAACCUUAGCAAAGGCGACUGGGUCAUUAUGAAGCGCACCGGCCAGGGUACCUGGCGUACUCACGCACAGCUGGACGAGUCCCAAUUGAUCAAGAUUGAGAAUAAGGACGGCUUGACACCGCUGCAGGUUGGCACUGUCAGUGUCAACCCCGUCACCGCAUACCGCAUGAUCCGGGAUUUCUGCGAGUGGGAUUGGAUGCGUACCGGCGAGGAAUGGGUGAUCCAGAAUGGCGCCAACAGCGGUGUUGGACGAGCAGCCAUCCAGCUGGGUCGCGAGUGGGGCAUCAAGACGCUCAAUGUUGUCCGAGAGCGCAAGACGCCUGAAGAGACAGAGGCUCUUAAGAAGGAGCUCCUGGAUCUGGGAGCUACCGUUGUCAUCACCGAGGAGGAGAUGCUUUCUCGCAACUUCCGCGACAUGGUCCAUGAAUUCACCCGUCAAGGCCGGGAACCUAUCCGUCUGGCGUUGAACUGCGUGGGUGGAAAGAAUGCUACUGCUUUGGCAAAGACUCUGGCUCCUAACUCGCACAUGGUGACAUAUGGAGCUAUGUCCAAGCAACCUGUUGCAUUGCCCUCGGGCCUGCUGAUUUUCAAGAACCUCUCAUUUGAUGGAUUCUGGGUCAGUCGGUGGGGCGACAAGCACCCAGAGCUGAAAGAAAGCACAAUCAACGAUGUGCUUCAGUUGACUCGCUCUGGUAAGUUCCGCGAUAUCCCCGUGGAUGAGGUCAAGUGGAACUGGGAGUCUGAGGGCCCCGAGUUGGCAGAGAGUGUACAAGGCACUUUGGGUGGUUACCGCAGUGGCAAGGGUGUGUUCACCUUCAACGGUGGUGACUGA